UCUUCACUCAAGAAGAUACCACACCAAAGGAGCCAAAUCAAAGCAACCAAACCCUAAUAAUCAGACAACCCACCACUGGUACCAUAUUAGGAGGUUGUGAUGGUGGCUGUGGUGGUACCGAGAGAAGAGCAAAAUGCCCCCAGAGGUGUCCUCUUGCCGCCCUCUCGUCACACCCUUUAUUCAAUCCCUUCCUCGAGAUUUUCCUAGAUCAGUGUUGGUUAACAAUCAGAGUCACAAAUAUUACUACUGUCAAGGAUCGAAAAUGAUGAAAUUUACCAAGAGGAAACUCUUUGUGAUUCUUGUUUUCAUUCUCAUUAGCCUCUCAGUCGUCAGAUUUCUCAAAAUCACUCUCACUACCUCAUUUUCUGCUGCUGCUGAUGCUGGUUUUGCUCCAAUUGUUCUACACAACUGCACGACUUCUUCUCCGUCAUGCAGGAAGAUCCCAGCACACGCAAAGCGCCCUAUCUCCUCAGCAAACACCACAGUCCUUACUAAGAAGGAAUUCCGGUUUCUCUCAAGUCUCAUUACUCGUAGAGCCCCCUGCAACCUCCUUGUUUUCGGGCUUGAGCCCCAACACCUUGUUCUAGCAUCAAUGAAUGCAAAUGGCACCACAAUCUUUCUAGAGGACAAUCCUGAGAAGCUGAGGACAAACAAAACAAGUUCAAAUAGUACUCGGAUUUACAAGGUUGAGUACCGGACAAAAGCCAAACAGGCUUACAGGCUGCUCAAGCACGCAAGACAGGAUCCGGCCUGUGCUCCUCACUCUCGACGACUUCAAAAAUCAAAUUGUCUGCUGGCCUUGACAAGAUUGCCGCGGGAAGUCUAUAAGCGGAAGUGGGAUGUGGUGGUGGUGGAUGGACCGGAUGGUGGUGCACCAGAUGCACCAGGCAGAAUGGCUGCAAUUUACACUGCAAGUAUGAUAGCGAGAGCUGGGAAUGCGACGGAUGUUCUCGUGCAUGAUGUGGACAGAAUGAUUGAGAAAUGGUUUUCGUGGGAGUUCCUUUGUGAGGAGAAUUUAGUUUCUUCGAAAGGGAAACUCUGGAAUUUUAGGAUACAGGGUCAUCAUCCAAAUUCAACCACAUUUUGUCCUGCCAAAACAAUCCUAACCAAGUAAUUGCUUUCGAUAUUCAUUUAUGGAAGCUCUAUCCAAAUUCAACGAACACAAUCAAGCGUAGGUUGCUGACAGUUGGGGAUACGAAUUGGGGAUUUGCAGAAGAGGAGCUCAAACAGUUGGUAUUUUGUUUAAAUGCUUGUCCAAGUUAUAGAAAGAACACACUGAUGUUUAUGUGUGUAUAAGCCCUCUUGGCUGGUAUAUAAUUAUCAUGUAUUUAACGCUGGAACAUAGUAGAUAUUGUUUAUUUGUAUUGCUGAACAUA